GGCGACUUCGAGAACAACGGGACCCGUUCGCCAUGUCCGACGAGUCUUUUCGGAGGCACUUUCGCCUUUCGAAAACGACGGCGAUGUGGCUGUGCGAGCAGUUAUCGGACGACCUGGCGCGCGAGAGAGAAGGCCUCACCGUUCAAGAUCAGGUGAUUUGCGCCCUUCGGUUUUAUGCUACCGGUGGCUUCCAAACGGCUGUCGGUAGCGAAGCCACCGUAUCGCUGUCCCAGCCGUCUGUCAGCCGCUGCGUUCGCGCGGUAUCGGAAGCGAUCGUCCGUGUCGGCACCGAACAGCGCUGGGUGUCGUUUCCGCGUACGAGAUCGGAGAUAGCGCUCGUCAAGCAAGGUUUCUUGCGGAGCGGCAACAUCUCUGACGUCGUGGGAUGCGUGGACGGCACCUACAUCGCUAUAGCCGGCCCGGACCUGCCCCCAGCCGAGAAGCAGACGUACUGGUGUCGGAAGGGGUACUACGCGCUGAACACCAUGGUGGUGUGCGACUCGAACAUGCGAGUGCUGGCCAUCGACCCUCGCUUCGCCGGCUCGUGUCACGACGCAUACGUAUGGCGUGGCUCAGCCCUUCGGAGCAUUUUCGCCGACACCGAAAUCGUCCACAGAGGAGAGUUUCUCCUUGGCGACAGUGCAUACCCACUGGAGCCAUGGCUCAUCACGCCGGUUCCGGGACAUCCCGCGCUAUCGUCUCCGGAGGGCCGUUUUAAUCAAGCUCACGCGUCGAUGAGGUCUGUGGUGGAGCGCUGCAUCGGCCUUAUGAAGAGUCGGUUCCGCUGCUUGCAGCGUUAUCGUGCGCUGCAGUACUGUCCCGCUGUAGCGGAAAAGAUUGUCGCGGCUUGUGCAGCGCUGCAUAACUUAUGUCUCGACGCCAGCGAGCCGCUUCUUGACGACGACAGCAACAUUGCCGGUGAGGAUGACGACGAGGACGACGCCUUGCCAAGUGAUGACGGCGGUCCGACCCGUGGCGGCAGAACGCUGUACGCAAGGGGAAAGGCCACACGGGACAGGCAAAUUGCACUGUAUGGCAUCAGCCGCAAUGCACAUUUGCUGCACAUUCAGCGAGCUCGCCGUCGAGCGCAACGUCACGCACUGGACAGCUAGAAAGUUAUGCACAAUGAGCUUGCUUCCGGCACGGCGCCACAUGUGCGUCACUGUGCUCCGUGUGGUGGGACUACAGUUACUCGCAAUUUUUCUCCUUCACUGUGUUUGGGCUGCAGCAAGCAGUUUACUGCCUCUGAGACGCAACACCUGUGUGUCGUGCAGUGUGGGUACACGUACUCGCAGUUUUGCUUGUGUGCUGUGUUUUGGGCUGGAGCUAGCAGUUUACUGCCUCCGAGACGCGACACCUGUGUGGCUGUGUGUCGUGCAGUGUGGGUACACGUACUCGCAGUUUAGCUUGUAUGCUGUGUUUUGGCUGAAGCUAGCAGUUUACUGCCUCUGAGACGCGACACCUGUGUGGCUGUGUGUCGUGCAGUGUGGGUACACGUACUCGCAGUUUAACUUGUGUGCUGUGUUUUGGCUGAAGCUAGCAGUUUACUGCCUCUGAGACGCGACACCUGUGUGGCUGUGUGUCGUGCAGUGUGGG